UUGAAAUUUAAUUUAUUUAUGUGUGUUUCAAACAAAUUUUGUGUAAAUAAAUUAUUGCAAAAUAGUUUAAUUUUUUGUUAAUAUUUUCAUAUUAAAAAAAUCCAAAAUUUUGUUAAAUUUUUCAUAAUGGCAGAACUAUUAUCCAAAGAAAAAGAAUUUUUAAAAUUAAAUGAACAAUUGAAUUAUAUGGCCUCAAAUGCCAUGGAACAUCAGGCGAAUACAAUGAAUGCGAAUCGAGUGAAUUCGGGUAAUGCAAAUCAUUCUCGUUUCAACACCUAUCAAAAGUCCAAAGGUCAAAGCACCUUUUUGAGGAAACGUGGAUCGGGUGAUGGUCCCUCCCCGGAAAUGAUGGAGGGUUGCAAUCGUCAGUUUAUGCAAAAUCCCAAGGAACGUUUCCAUAUGACAAUGGGUAGAGACACCUAUCGUCAGGGUAACCGCCAGGCCAAUGAACCGGACAAUCAAUCACCAAGAAUAACGACUACAGCACCAACACCCACACCACCGCCUGCAAUUCCAUCAUCAUCGUUGGCACAACAUUCCAGUGUUAUCAAAUCUCACAUUCGUAAAUAUCCACCUCCCGCUGCCACAAGUAACACCACGGCAAGAGGUAAUGAGACAUUUCGUGCUUCAAAUCAAAAUCGUUUUGCGAAUGGCAGAGCACCACAAACCAAUACUUCGACAUUUACAAUCAAAUAUCGCAAUCCGAAAUUUGUUAAAAGUCCUUCUUUGGAGGUUUUGUUGAAGGAUGAAUGCUCCGCCAUAAGAAGUCAAACUUUAAUGGAGUCGGCACAAAUGAAUGGCAGCGUGUCAUCUGUUGCUCCGGAGGAUUUGCAAUCGAAUGGUCGUCAGUCCCAGGCAAGCAAUGCCACUAUUGGUUCGAAAAAGAACGUUAGCACCGAUGGAUUGAUCAAGUACUUCAUCCGUUCUCCCCAAACCAAACUGUUCACAAAUUUAGUACAAUUUAGUACAGUUUGCACAUUUUCAUCUGUUGCUCCGGAGGAUUUGCAAUCGAAUGGUCGUCAGUCCCAGGCAAGCAAUGCCACUAUUGGUUCGAAAAAGAACGUUAGCACCGAUGGAUUGAUCAAAUUUUUAAAGUCCAAGGUAACCAUACUGGAAGAUGAUCACUCUCGCAUCUCUGAAGAGCUGGGCAAACAAAAGGAACUACUCGAACGAGCCCUGGAACAAGCCAAGGCAAUGGAGAAACAACGUGAUCAGGCCACCAGUAAAAAUAAUGCCCUCAAAGAACAAUUGGCAAAAGUUGAAGCGCAACUUGAGCAGGCCAACCAAAACAACAAGGAACAAAGCAAAGAGCAUCUGAAACAGCAAAAGGAACUAGAAACGGCAAAGAGAGAAAUUAAAAUUCUAACACAAAACAAUAAGAAUUUAGAGAAACGACUCUAUCGCAGCAAUGAAGAUUUGGAAAGCUCAAGGACUGCACUGAGUGAAAUGAAAAAAUCCGAAAAGGAAUUGCAAGAGAAAUCACGUUUGGAUUUGGAUGCAAAGGAGAAACAAAUCAAGGGUUUAAAGAAACAAAGAGCCGAUUUACUUAAUGCCUAUAAGAAGCAGUUGUUCCUCAUUGACAAUCUGAAGAGACAAAAUAUUUGCUUGGAACAGGCGAAAAUGUUGGAAUUUGGGGAGAAGGAAUUUUCCAAAAUUUUGGAAUGGGAUAUGAAAAGUUAAACUGAGUAUAGGGAGGAACAAAGACUGCUUGCAAUUUUUAUUAAGUAUUUGUUUAAAUUUUCAUUACAUGCCUUUAUUAGUAUUUUGAUUUGAAGAUUCCAUAAUUUAUAUCCUUUCACAUAUCAAAUAUUAUUAGAUUUUCAAUAAACCAGCAAAGUUGACCAGCAACAUAAUCCAA